AAGUCACAGGAGAGCUCUGAAUCCCAGACUUCCCAGUCAGGAUCUAGGGCCACCACUCCUUCACUACCAUCCGUGGAAAGUGAGUUUAGAUUGCCUUCACCAGAAAAGCUGGUAGGUCUAGCAUCACCUUCCAGUGGCUAUUCAAGCCAGUCAGAGACACCAACAUCAUCUCUUCCGUUGGCUUUCUUCCCAAACGCUCACCCAAUGUCCCCUAAUGGUGGCAAAAGGAAACCCAAAGUCCCAGAGAGGAAGUCCUCACUUGCUUCUUUGCUGCAGUACUCAUCCAAAAGAGACUUGGAAUUGCCAGUCAUACCCCCCUCCCACCUUGACCUAAGUGCCCUUCCCAAUGUCAGCAAGCCUUCAAUUCACAAAAACCAGAUGCACAUCCUCCACCAGAGCAAACAAAAGGCAGCAGCUUCAGCAGAAACCAAGCGUGAGAGUCUGGCAAUUUCGGUUUCAAGUGAUGAGCUGGCAGUCACUAGUCCUUUGGCCAUCACUCCUACGGUGCUUCGUUCAGUUCAGCUACGUUCAGUUGGCAAAUCUGGAGAAGGCAGCCACGAUCGGCCUAUAACUGAUAUUUCCACUAGGCCUAAGUGUCCCACUGUGACUAUCAUUACCCCACCUACUCAGAAUAAACUCCAUGAAACUAGGAAGCCUCCACCCUAUAGACCCCUUCUCAAAGAAACCUCCUCUCAGGAUGACUGUGAAUCACUGUUUACCCCGGUAGAUGGACUAGCUGCUAAGAAUAUAGCAAACCAUUUUGGUGCAAGAAAUAGAUAUGACCGAUUAGCCCCAUCACCUCUUUGGAGCAUGAUUGCUUUUAAGGCCCAGUCUGAGCAGUUGAACAUGGAUGAAGUGACGUUUGAGAAUUCUCAAGAAGUUGCAGAAGAGGUGAGCACCUCAAAUAAUUUAUUUGCCCAGAGUAGUCUGGAAGUAGAGCAAAUUAAGCCAUUGAAAUCUCAGCCAAAUGACGGAAGCCCUGGUCAGAAUGGUCUAGCAAAAAGGUCAGAAAGUCUUGAUCAAGUGCCUGAUAUUGUCAAGCAAAGAUCAGAGACAUUGCAAGCUUAUCCAAUCAGUGGUGCUGGAGAAGAAUCUGUAACAUCAGGUGUUCCAACCAGAAGUGCCUCACAGGAACAUGUAGAGGAAGGGUCAACACCAGACACGGAGGACUAUUUUAGCAAAGAGUCCACACCAAGCGAUCCAACUGUGUCCCCUCUGACAGACGAAUCCAAAACCGAGGACGAUAGCGUUUUUCUUUCACCAAGUAAAAGUCGCACAACAGAAGAUCUCUUUGCCAUGAUUCACAGGUCAAAACGAAAAAUGCUGGGCAGGAAAGAUUCUGGAGAAAUGUCAGUGCGGAGCCGUUUAGCCGUUGUUUCUGGGAAUGGCUCUGCUACUGAUCCUGCAACCUCGCCAAGCACCCCAAACAUGCCUGCAAGUCCAUCUACUCAAACUGGGGCUCAGAGAGCCCCAGGUUCAAUUUACAGGAGUGCCAAAAAGUCCAGUACCUCGAAUGAAGAGUUCAAAUUGCUGCUGUUGAAAAAGGGAAGUCGGUCCGACUCCAGUUAUCGCAUGUCAGCUAUAGAGAUCCUAAAGAGCCCCAGUGCACCCAAAAGCCCCGGUGAGCUCCUGAUGGAGGAUUCUAGACCAUUUGAGGAGCCGCUCUCUCCUUUACAACAGCAACUUCCAGAGGGAACUCCCGAGCAAAUGCCCAGCCCCUUUCCAAAAUCUUAUGCUGAGGGCUUUUCCACAAAAGCUUUUCCCACAUCUGCCUCAACUAGACAAGGCCGGUCAAGG